AUGAACAAAUUAUGGUCAAGACCUACAACGAAAACCAAAAAGAAUUCUUCAGCUAUUCAUGUAUAUCAUAAUCGUCAAUUUCCAUUGAAAGACAUCGUUGAUGUUCUAUAUCCACUUUUUGGUAAUGAUUAUCCAUAUAAUGAUUUACUUUAUCUGAUUGAUACAGCUCAUCAUAUCUUUUGUGCAUAUGAUGAAACCAAACAUCUUUGUGUUGGUUGUGCAUUAAUCAAAAGUGUUAAAACAGGAGGUCUUUAUUUAUCGUUAUUCGGCGUACGACAAUCAAGUCAACAUCGUGGUGUAGGUACACAAUUAUUAAAAAAAAUUAUACGUUGGGCAUAUCGAACAGGACAUAGUUUCAUUUAUUUACAUGUACAUGUUAUAAAUUAUAAAGCGAUUGGUUUAUAUGAAAAAGUUGGAUUUCGUACAGAUGACUAUUUACCUGGUUUCUACUCUGCUUCAUCAAAACCAAAACCUGAUGCAUUCCAAAUGGUUUUAUAUUUCCAAUAA